AUGGAGGGCUGCGGUAUGAACUGCAUAAAGUAUUUGCUCGUCGUUUUCAACGGGCUGUUUUUGAUCUUCGGCAUCGUUAUAAUAGCAACGGCAUGCGUGGACCUUGGGCUGCUGCAAGGGUUCGCGGGGAUGGAGACGUCCGGCCACGAGACGGACGCUGUCCUGAUAGCCAUUGGAGUCCUCAUCAUAGUGGUGGCCGCGUUCGGAUGCUUCGGCGCGUGGAAGGAGAGCCCCAAGCUGCUCUACAUCUUCGCCGGCUGCCUGAUAAUCAUCAUACUCCUGGAACUAUCCGUUGGAAUCGCGGCGGCUGCCCUCCGGCCGCAGAUCGAAGGCACCAUGAAGACCCAGCUCCGUGCCUCCUUCAUCAAAAACAAGUCCACCAGGGAGGAGGACUCCGUCUACAGGGAAUUCUGGGACCGCGUGCAGAGCAAUAUGGAGUGCUGCGGCGUGACCGGCCCCGAGAACUAUGGCGCGUCAGAGCCUCGCCUGAAGCCCUCAUUCAGCUGCUGCCCGCCGGACAGCUCCGACCAGGCGGACGAGAUCAAACGCUCCGACUGCCUCUCGAUGGAGAAGUACUACAAGGAGGGAUGCGAGGAUAAGGUCCUCAGCACAGUGCACAGCGCUGGGUUGACCGUGAUCGUCUGCGGUAUCCUUUUCUGCUUUCUAGAGAUCGCCGGUAUCGUGCUCGCACUGUGGUUGGCGCAAGCAAUCAAGACACACGGCAAGAGCCGCGAAACUGCG